AACAAAAGAGCGAAUUGCACGUAAUUUUAACCCCAACUGGGGCAGCAAUUUGCGCUCUCACACACGUGGUUUUGCUUUUAGUCGUCAAUCAUUGAAGUAGAGAAUUUUAAUGUAGCGUUUGCCAUGGACAAAUUAUUGAAUAGUUGUCCUCAAUGUCGAGAGCCAUAUUCAAUCCGCUUACCCUCGACCAAAUAUUAUAGUCGAUGCGGGUUGCCCCUAACAUUGCAGUGUGGACAUGGUGUUUGCUACCACUGUGUUGUAUCUAAAAGAUCUAACCAAAAGCAUGGCACAAUUGUCACCAAGAAUGACCCUAAUGCUACCGAAAUUAGCUGUUCAAUCUGCCAUGUUGUCUCAACCAUUUCCCAUGAGGCAGUAAGAAAUGUUUUGGCAUUGAUUAAUUGUUACCAAUUGGGUCUCCUUCAGCUGGAGGAGCUCGGACUUGAAGUGGCUGGAGAGAACAUUCGCUUCAAAGAUGGAAGUGAUGGCUUGUUUGUCCCCAGUAGUCCCCAGCCUACUCUGGAAAGACAACCAUUUAUUACUCCAGGAAAAUGUUCCACUCACAGUUUUACAAUGGAAUUUUGGUGCUAUGAAGAUGAAGUUCCAUUGUGUAAAGGUUGCAGGAUCUCUUAUCAUCUUCAACAUGAUGUUGUCAAAAUUAUAGACAGAAACAAAGUUGAAAUGGAAGUGUUUUAUUCGGUAGCUGACGAAACGGUGCAGUUGGUCGAUGAAAUGAAGAAAACUUGUAAAGAAAUUAAGGAUCAAACCAAACGUGUCCAGUCAGAAUAUGACGUCGCCAUUAAAGAGAUGAGACGACAUUUCAGCGACUUGCAUGCAAUCCUAGCUGCUCGUGAGCAACAAGUCCAGCAUCAGUUAUUUGGAGCAUUCCAAGAAUGCACUAGUCUGCUAAAAAGCGUGGAACGGCAUUUGCGCGAUGCAUCUCAGGAUGUUAGUUCUCAAUUGCAAAAGGCAGCAACUGCUGUCAGCAACCAUAUUCCGCCGAGUCGAUCAUCCAUCACACGAUGGACGGAAUCGAUUCGACACUUUAAUAUCUACGAAACUGUUAUAAAAGAAACAUUGGCUAAUAUAAAUUCGGUUACUUUUUCUACAACGAUGGAACCAAUUCCAGAGUAUGCCGAUCAUCUUCUCCAUGAUUCAGUGGCUUCCGUCAGCUCCGCCAGUGGCGGCCGCAUCUUCUGGACCCAACUUCAAAAUCAAUAUGGCGAUGUUAAGCAAAAGACGAACAGGCAGCUAGUCGACAAUUUGAAUUCAAAGUCUCCAUGCGAAAAAACAGAAAAUAAAAAGGCCAAAAAACAUCCGCGUGUGAUAUCACCGUCGAUAGCAGCUAAUCAUCAGUACGAAGUUGGAACCGAUUUAACUGGCCGUGUCGUCCACAUCGAUGCGGAACGUUUCUACGUUCAUGUACAAAGUGAUUCAUCUUCCCAAGACGCUAUUAGUGAACUGAACCAGCUGCAGACCCGAAUUCAAAUGUGCGAAAGAAAUCCCGCGCCUGGAUUGCAUGACCUGCACACCGGCCAGCUGGUGGCUGGACUGUUUGAGGGACUGUGGUACCGUGCCCUUAUUGAAGACAUUAAUCUCAAGUGCAAUGAUAUAGUCAUCUUUUUCGUUGACUACGGUAAUCGGGAUCUGACAAGCGUCCAGUCCAUUCGAACGUUGAGCGACGACAUGAUGAAUUUGCCGGCUCAAGCUGUCCGUUGUGCUCUACCUAAAAACACGGCCAUGUCAGAACUCCACGUAUUAAUGAACGAAACCCAACUCAUUCAUAUGCAAGUGGAUCGCGUGGAACAGGGCGGAGUAGGUCGGCUUGAUGGACAGGAACUUACUUUGUGGAUCACACUGCGUAAACCAGAGGAUUGCAAAAAUGAUGGUACGAUAAAUUCCCAGGAGAAUCCAGUGGAUCCAUUUGUAGCCUGGCCACAAUCUAGAAUCCAUAAAAUUCGAACUAUUCCCACUCCACCUCCACCGGAUGCCAUGGGAACCAAAAGGAAACGAUUUCCUGCCAAGGACUGGGUGCCCACGGUAGUGAAUUCUGCUAAAUCGCAAUCCACCAUGUCUAUGAAAUCAACGGUCGAAGAUGUACCUGCGCCCAUCGUCUUACCGAUAGCCCUGAACCAAAUCCAAGAAAAUAGUCACCGUAUGAAAAUAAUUACAAGUCACUUGAAUUCAACUGGAGAUUUUUACGCCCGCGUCGAGUCAGCUCAAAAGACAUACCUCAAUUUGGUUCAGCAACUCGAUAGUCAUUUUUCCAUGAGCUCUGAAUUGCUAGAGCAGCUGAAACCAGUGGAUGGGAUGACCGUUGGACAAGUGUGCGCCGUCAAGUUGGACGGCCAGUGGAAUCGUUGUCGGGUUGUUGGAAUAGUGGAUAAUAAAACGGCAUCGGUGCACUUGAUGGACGUUGGUAAAAGAGUCAACUCUUCCCAACUCUAUCGACUGGAACAACCACGAUGGAUGGCAACGCCAGUGCUGGCUUUCCAUUGUCGUCUUUGGGGUAUCCGUCCAGCUGGACACGCGACAAAGUGGUCAGGAUCUUCAUUCGAUAAAAUGAAAGAAGCCAUUAAGAUGAGCAGCGCCCUUUUCGUGCAAGUUUAUUUUAUCCAGGAAGAAGAAAUCGAAGACAGCGGAAUAUUUGCCUCUGUUCAUUACGUCCGUUUCUAUUACGAGUACAUCAAGCCAGGUGGACCCAUGGAAUUCGAUCAAACAUUGACGUCUUGUUUUAACGAUAUGUUAUUCGAACAUGGACUAGCGCUCAGAGAUCCGAUGCUGGUCACUGUCCAGCCUUUGCCUAAACGUUGGCUGCCUAGUGUCUCUUUACCACCCGAAUUGGAAAAUGCCACGCCCAUCUGGUUGGAUGAUGAAGGGUUCAUCUAUUUCCAUCGACCUCGUGGCCCCACUAAUCACGUGUCAGUCAUUAACAAGUUGCUCGCAUGGCAUUACGGUAAAUCAACACCUAAUGCGAACGAUUUGACCCAUUGGAUCAAAGAUGAACCUUGUGUUGUCCUGUACACCGAUUCGAAAUGGUACAGAGCAAUCGUUCAGUCGUGUGAUGAUGAGAACCAGACGGCUUCAGUCUUUUUCGUUGAUUAUGGCAAUUCUCAGCUAAAUGUCCCUUAUACGAACUUGAGAAAAUCAUUACUGUGCUACGAAUACCCGAUCCAAGCCCACAGAUGUCGAUUGGCCAGGUUUCCUGCGCCCGGUGUUAAACCAAACGAAGAGCAAUUGUCCACAUUGCACGAAUUACUCAUUGAUAGACGAAUCACAGUUACAGUAAUUGGCACGGUAGCAAACGAAUCGAUGGGAGGCGUAGAUCCGGUGGUUGAAAUUCAAUAUUCUGAUAAAGGAGGUAGAAUUUUGGAUGAGAUUUUUGAUCUCUGGAAUCCCGGAUACAGACAUGAUUCAACUUCAAACAAAAUUGUUGCAUCCGUUGUCCAGACAUCGUCACCGCCUUCGCUAGUGUCUGACGCAGCGCCUAAUCCGGCGCCGACUGUGCCCCUCAGCAGCGUCGAUCUAGACGAUUCCAUUUUUGAUGUCGCUUCUUCUGAAUUCUCCGACGACGUUUAUCCCAUUUUCAAUUUUGAUUUGGUUAACAGUCUCGAAUUUAAAGAGAUGGACCUGUAUCGGCCGCUAUUCGUGCCCAGUCGUGUUUCUUUGCCUGUUCGUAUUCUUUCCAUCGUCGAUCCGAAGGAGUUUCUUGCAGUCAUCCAACCGACACGACACUGGUUGAAAGACAGUCCGUCUCAUUGGCAGGAACAGGUGGACGGUUUUGGCCGUCUUCAAACAGAACUUCAGCGUUCCGCGCCACUUUUCCCAGAUAUUGAUGUCGGAGAAUCGAAGAGUCCAUGUGCUUGCCGGUACUCGAAAGACGAUCGCUGGUACAGGGGGAAACUUGCCGGUUAUGUUGAUGAUGCCCUGAGUAUCGUCAAAGUAGAAUUGGUAGACAUUGGCAUCACUUUGGAAGUACGAAGUUGCCGCGUCAAACAGUUGCCAACAGAGUACCUUAGUUUACCGCGUCAUUCGACAACAUCCAGAUUGAUUGAUACUAUCGUCCCUCCAUUGUAUCCUCCCAGCCUGCGCCACUUACGCGAUUCUAUGAAAAAUAACAAGCAAUUUACGGCUUUUUUCAAAAUUAUUUUUUAGGAGGUUAAUCAGCCACUUCAAAUGAGGUUAUUUUACAGAGAUAGAGACGGUAAAAACAUUCCAGCCAUUGAAUAAAAGAAAAGAGAAUGUUUUAUGCGAGUCAACUUUUGCAAGUUGUUUGGAGAAGUUAUAUGGUGAAUUUUUGUUUCGUUAUGUUCCUGUAAUAUUUUAACCAAGAAAAAGAUAAAGAGGAAUGGUUUUGCU